AUGGCUCCAGCUCCCUCUCGGAUUGCCGCACGUGAAGGCGAUACCUUUCGUGAGAAGGGACAAGGACCACACUGGACCGCAAAGCUGCCUCUUCGUGUUCUACACGACUGGAGUUUGUGUGGUGGCCCUACUCCUGGAGCUCCCGUUUCACCUCCGCGUUCCCCUCUUCGCCCUCGCGGUCUUCCUCGCUCGCCCUGGCAUCCUGAUCUUUGUUCUGAAUCCAACACCCGCACUCAUACUUCUCAUCAACUCCAUUCUGAAAAUCAUCAAAUCCAUCAAAAUAAUCCUCCUGAUUAUCGUGAUUCUGCACAAGAUCACGAUCAUCAGUACUGCCACCCUCAUCCUCACGGUCGAGACCACCCUCACGGUCAAGGCCAUCAACUCCAUCCUCCUGAUUAUCGUGAUUCUGCAAAAGGUCACGAUCAUCAACUCUGUCACCCUCUCCCUCACGCUCAAGACACUCGUCACAGUCAGGACCACUCAUCUCGCCACAUCUAUCCUCACGGUCAAGACCAUUCUCACCUCCCACGCGCUCAUCUCUACGCUACCUCCGAGACUACCACUGAGCCUAGUACUCCCGACUACUCCCCUCCCGAGUACUGGCAACCUCCUCCAAACGAGCCACCUCCAGCCUACUCCGACUUUCAACCCUUCUCCUUCUCUGGUCAGCUUCCACAGAUUGCUAACGAAGCAUCUGUUGACCUUGCUCACGUCGGCCUCGGCAUCGUGAUUCCUGACGAGGCUCGUUGGUACGAAAACGAGGAAGAAAACCGAGCUGCCCAAGCAGCCCUCGACGAGUUCCUCGAGAAUUACAUCGAGCCAACCGUCGAAGAACCAGUCGACCUCGCUGUUGAGAGGACUGUCAAUCUUCCCCUCGACCCCACCACUACCUGUGAGGACAGCUUCUCUUACUCUCCGCUCUCUGUCGUUCCCAAGAAAAGGGUUCGACACCGCGUCCACAGGAAGAACAAGCACGAACGCAAGAAAGCGAAGAAGUCCAAGCGACCCAUGAUGGGCCAGGGCGCCUCCAGUCUUCCCGUGCCCGUUGAGGGAUCUCCCGCGCCCUCUGACGGCUCUACCGGCAUUGCUUCCCCCACUAGCAUUGCCGAAACCAUCAUCAUGGCGUCGGACGCCGACAAUGUCCGUUCGCCUCCCCCCUCUCCGUCGCCUCUGCCCACUGAUCAGGGCAUGGGUCCCCGUCCUGCGGCGCAGGGCCCCGUCCCCCAGGCCCCGCCAAAGAAAAAGAAGAAGAAGAAGGGGAAAAAGGCGAGGAAGGCCGGCCAGGCCGGCGGCAACAUCACGGGGCCAUCUUUGGAUGCCCAGCUCACGGAUCCGGUUUCUCCUACCCCGGAGCCGGUCGUCUCUCUCGUAGGGGCCACCUCUGAGGUGGAGACUCCUGCCGGUGUCAUCACUGCCGGUCAGGAUAGUUCUCCCUCGGAGGCCCCUUCUCCCACCGUCGUCAAUAGCGGUGGUGAGGCCACGACUGAGUCGUCCACUCCUGUGAAGGAGUAUACCGGUCCGUGCAUCGUCGACACGGAGCGGUGGCGCCAGCGUCAGCUGGCUCGCAUUUCGGAGAUGAACGCCGAUGCGAAGCGUUUGUACGAGGCUCGAAAGGAUAUCGGCCUCCACGCUGUCCCCUUCGAGGUUGGCGAUGUGUUCCCUCACUCUGUCUAUCAGAGUGAGAACAGCUGGGCUCAGUGGCCGAUGGAAAGUCAAUCGGUGCCCGCUCAGUCCUCACACGACGGUGGCAACAAGACUGGGUACAUUCAGCCCAUGUCUGGCGUCGUUGCAGGUGCUUGCGGUUUUUACCCGACCUGCCACCAUCACCACGAUCAAAGUGGUCCCCGCCACAGCUGCUGCUGCCUUCAUGGCCCAGCAGACUGCUGGUAUGUUGCCCCUGUGCCUGCCGGUCCUGCCGCCAGCCAGGAGCUGACGUCCACGGCCGUGUCGCCUAAUGAAGCACGCCGUGUGUCUCAAAUGUCGAGUCCCAAGUCCUCAAGCUUGGGUGAGCCUGUCAGUGAGCCCAUCGUGGAGUCGGUGGCCUCACUGGUUACCGCCAGUCCUGCUGCAAGCACCGACAACGUUCCCGUCACGAACGUCAUCUCCACUCCAGCAAAUGCAAAGGAGAUGGGUCGGUGCCAGGUUUACCUGGGUGGAGUCCCAACCCCGGAGGACUUAAAGACUCCCAGUCUGUACUUUGACGCCAAGUCAAAGAACGUGAGUCCUUUCUCCGCCUUGGCCUCGAACGAGUCGAAGCCGGCUUCGCGGGCUACCAGCCGCAAGCCAUCGACUUGUGGCAGUCGCGGCCCGGAGACGACUCAAACUGGGCACCCCGACGAGACUCGCAGCCAGGCUUGCACAACCGUGCCUGCCGACACCCGCCGCCACCAGUCAAUCCAGACUGAAGCCCGCGCUGUUGGCCCUCUUGUGUCCCAGUUGGAACAUGUCCAGGCACUGUUCGGUAACCCUGAGUUUGCGGACAUUCAGCUCCUGCUGAGCCCCGGCCCGUUCCACCCGCCCAUUGUCUACAAUCUUCACAAGGCCAUCAUCGCUGGAAGUCCUUUCCUGUACAGCGUCAUGGCGGCCAAGAGAUAUCGAGACGGGCAUGUGGACCAUAUGCGUGCCUUCACUGGGCCUUCCUUCACCUGCUCGCACGCUUUCACCAUGGCCCUCCAAACUCUCUAUGGGACUCCUCUGGUCACCGACGAGACCCUUCGACAAAACACUCUACAAGGACUGGGUAUUCCCGACCCCGACGACUUUGGAAUGGGCCCAUCCUCCUUCUCCAUUGAGCGUGCCGUGGUCGACUUUGCCCUUUGCUACGCUGCCGCUGGUGCAUUCCUUGCCCGACGCGAGAUUACUGAACGAGGCAUCGACAUGGCCAUCAGCCACCUUUCCUGGGAGACUGCAGACCACGGCCUCAGUAACCACGGCCCCGGCACUCCACCCGUUGGAGUCGAUCAUUUCCACGACUUCCACUAUGUCCAGGCGGAGCGAGCUCAAACUGCCGCCCUGCGUUUCAUCACCAGCGCAGUUACGCUGGACUUCCAGUUCUACCGACGUGCUCAGUCAUGCUACACCCCGAGCCGCAUCCCACCCGCUCUACACACCCUCCCAGGCUCCCUCCUAUCUAACCCACGUCUGGAGGAAAUCCGAUUCGGCGACUUACCCUCAAUCGCCGACGAGCGCCCCCCAGACCCAGCCAUCCUCAUUCCGUCCGCUAUGUUGAUCACUCUCCCAUACCGAGUUUUCAUGAUGGCUCUUGAAAUCAUGAAGAGUCGCGGCAACCUGAGUCCCGAGUUGAUGAAUGAGAUUGUGGAAGAGCGCGAGUCACGUCGCCUCAUGGCACUUAACAUCUCUACUGGUAUUCCACCGUGGGAAGUUGCCCCCGAGGCCUUUGCUGAGCUGGAGUAUCGGGAAUUCGUCAAGAUGGACCCAACCGACCACAUCGGCGCUAACAAUGCGCGUCUGCUACGUGCUACUGUCGACCGAGUUUGGGUUGGACGUGACGUGCCCGAUAGCCCGCUCCUGAGACCCAUCGGUAGUCCUGUCCUGGGUCGUUCGCCUUCUUUUGGCCCCGGCUCUUCCACCCCGAGCAAUGCUGCCUGA